CCGGCCAUGGAGCCCUCGCCCAAAGACGGCGAGAGCGCGGCGGCCGCGGAGCCCAGCCGGGGCGGCACGGCCCCUUCCAGCGGCGUGGUGGUGCAGGUCCGGGAGAAGAAGGGCCCCCUGCGCGCCGCCAUCCCCUACAUGCCCUUCCCCGUGGCCGUCAUCUGCCUCUUCCUCAACACCUUCGUGCCGGGGCUGGGAACAUUCGUGUCGGCGUUCACCGUGCUCUGCGGGGCGCGCACCGACCUCCCUGACCGGCACAUGUGCUGUGUCUUCUGGCUGAACAUCGCUGCUGCCCUCAUCCAGAUCCUCACGGCCAUCGUCAUGGUGGGCUGGAUCAUGAGCAUAUUCUGGGGCAUGGACAUGGUCAUUCUUGCAAUCUCAGAAGGCUACAAGGAACAGGGGAUCCCACAGCAGCUGUAG